GAAACAUGUGGGCUCAAACAUGGAACAACAUUUACGACCUGAUGAUCCCAUUUCCCAACAAACCCAACCUGGAUGUGACUGAUGAAAUGGUCAGACAAGGCUACAAUGCUACACACAUGUUUCGAGUGUCAGAGGAGUUCUUCACCUCCCUGGGGUUGAUGGAGAUGCCAAAAGAAUUCUGGGAAGGAUCUAUGAUUGUCAAACCUGAUGAUCGAGACGUUGUGUGUCACGCAUCGGCCUGGGACUUCUACAACCGCAAAGACUUCAGAACAAAAUAAUAGGGGAAUUUGUCCGCCGACCAAACGAUCAGAGGAGCAUUUUGAUCCUGGGGCAAAGUACCACAUUCCCGGAAACACCCCAUACAUCAGGUAUUUUGUCAGCUUCAUCCUUCAGUUCCAAUUCCAUGAGAAACUGUGCGAGGCAGCCAAACACACAGGUCCUUUGCAUACAUGUGACAUCUACCGCUCUGCAGAAGCGGGAGAGAUUCUGAGGAAAGUCCUUCAAGCUGGUUCCUCCAAACCGUGGCCUGAAGUCCUUCAGGAGGCCAUAGGCACCAGGGAGAUGAAUGCCAACUCAUUGUUGAAAUACUUUGAACCUGUUAUUAAGUGGCUGGAAGAACAAAACGUAAAUGAGACCCUGGGAUGGCCUGACUUUGGCUGGGUCCCACCUGUCCCUGAAGGAUACCCUGAAGAUAUUGAAAAGAAUACAGAUGAGCUUGAUGCUAAAAGACUUCUAGAUGAAUAUAAUACCACAGCUGAGGAGGUGUGGAACGCAUACACUGAAGCCAGCUGGAAAUUCUACACAGACAUCACCGAUGCCAAUAAACAGGCGAUGUACAACACUCUUCUGUCCAACAUGGAGACUAAAUACAGUGUGGCUGAGGUUUGCCGAGAAGAUGGGAGAUGCCAUCCACUAGACCCUGACCUCCAGAAGAUAAUGGCAGAGUCCAGGGAUUACAAUGAGCUAUUGUUUGCCUUUGGACAACAAAGCGGCUGUGCUUGAUGAAAAAUUUGAAGUGGCCAAUAAAGUGGAAUUCCUUGGCCUGUACCUCUACGAGUCAUCUGCUUCAACGGGCAGUUGGGUCCUUCUGGCCGUUGCCCUGAUCUUCGCGGUGACCACCAUCGUGUUUGUGCACAAAUACAAAAA